AUGACCUGUGGUAAAACUAGUUUCCCACAGGCUCUCGGGAGUUUCCACUCGUACUCUAGGGGGGACUCCUACUCCGACAACGAAACACUGCUGUCUAUCGGGAAAACGCACGCCCUCUUUUCUUUUGCAAAUAAUGUCCUCGGGAACUAUGAAUCGGUGGCUCGGCACGACGUUCCCGGAAGUUCAGAGCCAUGGGUCAUGUCUUGGGAUUAUGUUGAUGCGAGACCCCCGGUGUUUUUAUUGCCUUUUCUGAAGAGUACUGACGGGGAGUAUACCGAAAUAUCUGUACCUAGACGACCAUGUUUAAGCUCCAUUGCGCAUUCCACAGCUGGCACCGGUAACACCUUGAGAUGCAAGUAUGUCAAGGUCUUUGUGCUUUGCUUUGCCAUUUCGUAUCACUUGAGCGUCUUCUGUGCGUUCUACCAAGCCUUUCCCGAUGACGGAACGACUCUUGCCGGACUUGAAUUCACUAACAGAGCACAGGGUGAUUUUGAAUAUCUCGUGCCUAGGCCUUUCUUUAUUUCGGCACUCUGUAUCAAGGACUACGAGCGCUUCAACUGUUGUCCACUGACACGGGUUGACGUAUUGUUCCCUCUGUGUUACCUCCAUUUCCUACAGUCGAAUAUGGCAUCGACUCAACCUGUUCGGAACGCUAGGCUGCAGGAGGGGGACAUACGACCCUGUCAAAAUUUUGGGCCCAGACAUAUAUUCAACAAGGUCUCGAACUUCCCCCGAAUGUCUGGCCCAAGUAUAAACAGUCAUGUUGGCACAAACGAGACGGGGUUACCGAAGUUCAGCCCUUUCCUAUUCCGAUAUUCUUCCAACAAACCGAAGACGAUGCGCUGGCUCUUCAUUUACCGCCCUAUCAAUAGCACUGCAAUCAGAAUAGACUCACGGACUAUUCUCAAUUAUUUCAAGUCUGCAAUUGAAGUACACCAGCAUGGGGAAACAGAUACCAUUGCCGGAAUAAUGUUCAAUUUCCGUCAAGGCCUUCCGUUGUACCAGACGUGUGAGUGCCAGCAAUUUGAUAUUGACACAACUUCCGCUCCAAACCCCAUAUUUCCCGGUCCCGAGAUUUCAUCGCAAAGGGAAGUGGCUUUUACCGACGCUCAUGCUCUCCUCAUACACCUGGAAAAACCGCAAAAUCGACAUGGUCACGCGGUUGUCAAUGAGCGUCUCCUGCACAAUAUCAGGAUUGGCUGUCCUCAUCACAGUGCCGAACUGUCAUGA